GACUGCUUGUGUGUUGUGGGGCCAGGUCAGUUGUAAACAUGGACUUGAACAAGAAACAGCCUCAAGUUUGGAGCAAACUGCAGCAGCAGGUAAAGACUGGGGUUACCUCAGGUCAAGCUCAGACCUGGGCCAGUAGGUUGUUCAAAACACAGGCUCUUCAAACCCACAAGGAAACCCACAUCAGCGCCAAGACGUCUCCUCAGCCUGCCAAGAAGAGGAAGUCCAGCCAGAAGGAGUCUCCAAGGAAGAGGACAAAACUCAGGAGGGAUGAGAAAGGAGAAGGCGUCUCCCAAGAACAAAGCUCCCACCCUGACCUGUGGUUUGUGGAUGACCUUGACAUGGAUGACAUUGAGGUCACGUUGGGGUCAGAUGUUGCGGCUGCAGCUCGGAAGGAGCGAGGUCUUGCAGAGAGACCCACCAUGAGUCUGGUCAAACUCAACUCGUUUGAUGGGUAA